AUGAGUCAACAGCAACAACCUAUUAUUUUGAGAGGACACAUUGAUGAAGUGACAAGUGUUUAUUUUGAAAAAUCUACCUCCAACCUAUCAUCAUCAUCUUUAUUCAGUGGAGAUUUAAAGGGAAAUUUCAAUAUUUUCAAUUUGGAAACAAGGAGAGUGAAACAAUCCAUUCCGAACCAUCACAAUGGUUGCAUUCUCGGAUUUUAUCAAGAUGAUCAUUAUUUAUAUUCACAGGGAAGGGAGGGAUGUAUUAAACGAUUGGAUUUGAAUCAAAUUAACAUUUCAUCAUCGUCACCAUCUUCAUCAUCUUUGGAAUGGUAUUAUAAUUCGAUAUUUUCAUUUUGUAAAUUUGCUCCGUGUCGGAUUGGAUCGAGUUUGAGUUUCUUUGUGCCGUGUGAUAAGGAACAAGUGAUGCUGUUGGAUUGUAGAGAGAAACAAACUCUGGAUGGAUAUAAAAGCUCUCUAAUGAUUGCCCCUCCAGUGAGUCAGUACAGCUCAUUGUCAGCUUUUGGAAUGUUGACUGGAAUGGUUUGUAUUGACCAUUCUCAGUAUUUAUUGUGUUCUUAUGAAGGUGGAGUAAUUGUAGAGUUUGAUGUGAGGAAAUUGAGUGAGCCAACUUUUGUGUUGGAGAAUUUUGAAAAACAAGAAAAUUUGGAGGGAGAACAACCAAAAUUUUGUAAUUAUAGAGAUUUGAUUGGUGUGAGGCAUAUUUAUGAUUUACACAAUGCUCAGGAUCCAAUAAUUGCCAUUAAUUAUCAAUCAGAAUUGGAUAAAAUCAUUAUUGGAGCUAGCUCAACCCAGAUUCAUGUAAUGGAUCGUGCUAAUAUUCCAACAAACUCUUCAAUCGAUACCAAUAAUAAUCAUUCCUUUACAGGAGAACAAACAAGUUAUUCAUUUGAAAUGAAGAGUGGAGGAGUAAAUGAUAUCUCAUGCUACAAUAUGAGUGGAGUGGCUAGUACAAGUCAAAUGUCCAGAUUAAUGUUUGCUGGUUGUUGGGAUGGCAGUGUUAGGGUUUUUGACUUGAAAAGGAAAAAGAAGCUGGCAGUGUACAAGUAUCAUGAAAAUGCAAUUCGUUCUCUCGAUUUUAAGGAGAACAAUAAGGAAAUUUUACUUGCUGCUGGAUGUAAAGACUCAAAGAUAUCGAUUUGGAAUGUGAAUUUUGAAACAAAAAGGAAAUAA